GAAGGCAGGCAGGUGUUGGGGAGGCAGUUACCGGGGCAACGGGAACAGGGCGUUUCGGAGGUGGUUGCCAUGGGGACCUGAAUGCUGACGAAGACUCGCGAGGCUGUGAGCAGCCACAGUGCUCUGCUCAGAAGCCCCGGGCUCGUCAGUCAAGCCGGUUCUCAGUUUGCACUUGGCAGCACGGGCAGGCGAGUGGCCCCUAGUUCCGGGAACAGAGCAGCGGCAUCCCAGUCCUGGUCCUCCAGCCCCAAGCCUCGCCUGCCCACCCAGCGCCAGGAUGGCCACCAUCACCUGCACCCGCUUCACGGAAGAGUACCAGCUCUUCGAGGAACUGGGAAAGGGAGCCUUCUCAGUGGUGCGCAGGUGUGUGAAGGUGCUGGCUGGCCAGGAAUAUGCUGCCAAGAUCAUCAACACUAAGAAGCUCUCGGCCAGAGACCACCAGAAGCUGGAGCGUGAAGCCCGCAUCUGCCGCCUGCUGAAGCACCCCAACAUUGUCCGGCUCCACGACAGCAUCUCCGAGGAGGGACACCAUUACCUGAUCUUUGACCUCGUCACUGGCGGGGAGCUGUUUGAAGACAUCGUGGCCCGGGAGUAUUACAGUGAGGCAGAUGCCAGUCACUGUAUCCAGCAGAUCCUGGAGGCCGUGCUGCACUGCCACCAGAUGGGGGUGGUACACCGGGACUUGAAGCCGGAGAAUCUGUUGCUUGCCUCCAAGCUCAAGGGCGCUGCAGUGAAGCUGGCGGACUUUGGCCUGGCCAUAGAGGUGGAGGGGGAACAGCAGGCAUGGUUUGGGUUCGCAGGAACACCCGGAUACCUCUCCCCAGAAGUGCUGCGGAAGGACCCGUACGGGAAGCCUGUGGAUCUGUGGGCCUGUGGGGUCAUCCUGUACAUCCUGCUGGUUGGGUAUCCCCCGUUCUGGGAUGAGGACCAGCACCGCCUGUACCAGCAGAUCAAAGCUGGCGCCUAUGAUUUCCCGUCACCAGAAUGGGACACCGUCACCCCGGAAGCCAAGGAUCUGAUCAACAAGAUGCUGACCAUCAACCCAUCCAAACGCAUCACGGCCGCCGAGGCCCUCAAGCACCCCUGGAUCUCGCACCGGUCCACCGUGGCCUCCUGCAUGCACAGACAGGAGACCGUGGACUGCCUGAAGAAGUUCAACGCCAGGAGAAAACUGAAGGGAGCUAUCCUCACCACUAUGCUGGCCACCAGGAACUUCUCCGGCGGGAAGAGUGGAGGAAACAAGAAGAACGAUGGUGUGAAGAAAAGAAAGUCCAGUUCCAGCGUUCAGUUAAUGGAAUCUUCAGAGAGCACCAACACCACCAUUGAGGAUGAAGACACCAAAGUGCGGAAACAAGAAAUUAUAAAAGUGACAGAACAGCUGAUUGAAGCCAUAAGCAAUGGAGAUUUUGAGUCCUACACGAAGAUGUGUGACCCCGGGAUGACAGCCUUCGAACCCGAGGCCCUAGGGAACCUGGUCGAGGGCCUGGACUUCCAUCGAUUCUAUUUUGAAAACCUGUGGUCCCGGAACAGCAAGCCUGUGCACACCACCAUCCUGAAUCCCCACAUUCACCUGAUGGGUGACGAGGCGGCCUGCAUCGCCUACAUCCGCAUCACGCAGUACCUGGAUGCCGGCGGCAUCCCCCGCACGGCCCAGUCGGAAGAGACCCGCGUCUGGCACCGCCGGGAUGGCAAAUGGCAGAUCAUCCACUUCCACAGAUCUGGGGCGCCCUCCGUCCUGCCCCACUGAAGGACCAGGCUGGGGGCACUGUACCGCAGAGAUCCACCGUUCGUCCGUGGAAUGUGGCUGCUGGUUCUCCCACUUGGAUUUAGCUGGAAUUCCCCCAAUCACAUCAUCCCAUCACCACCACCAUCACCAUCACCUUCAUACCUGUGUCAAGAAAACCUGCCUGUUCGCAAAAGCCAUCAUGACUUCAGAGCAAAUGGCGACAUCUCCCCGUCACCACCCGUCCCCUGCCAGGGCAGGGCUUCCUCAGGCCCACGUGCCCUGGGUGCUGGACCUGAGGACCCCCCCCCUCCCCUCAGCUGUCAUUGGCCUGGUCUUGCCUUGGCCAGAAGCCACAGUGCCCAGCUGUGUAUUCAUCCAGGGGCUGGGGAGGAGGGGCGGAGCUGGGAGGAGUGUGGCAACUUCCAGAUCCUCUCCCUGAUCUCGCCUCUCCCGGGCUCCUCUAGGGAAGGGCAGAAGAACGCCCAGUCCCCCGAGCCAACCUCCCCCGGGGGAGAGGGGGAGAGAGGAGCAGAUGCCAGGAGCCUCCCGCCUCAAACUGCCUUCCUAACUCUUCUCCCAUCCUGUCCUGCUCUCCUGCUCUCCAGCCGACCCUCCUCCCUCAGUGUGGGGAGCGCAAUCCUCUCAGGGUGCCCCCACUUCUUUCCUUCCUCCUCCUGCUGACAUUUACUUCCAACACUAACGGCGCAUUCCACCCUUCCAUCAGGCCCGGAGAAUUCCAGCUUCAUCACAUCCAAGGGAGAGAAUCUGAUUGCUUUUGGGGGGCGAAAGAAAACAGCAUUUAGGUAUCACUUCUACUUGGACCGCAUGCCUUUUUAUAGCCAAACUUCUGUGUUUCGUAAAUGGAUUUUGCGUUAAUGGAUAUUUAUGUAAUAACUAGACCUCUCAAAUUGGUGAGAAGGUCUGGGUUGGGAAGGGAGGUGGGAAGAGGGCUGAGGGGUAUUUUUUUCUGUUCUUGGUCUUUUUUUUUUUUUUUUUUGGUCAUCGCUGAGAUGGACUUUGUCACUUGUGGUUAUCUGGGGCUGAGAUGGACUCAGCCCCCGGGGGAAGGAUCUCUCUGACAUUUCAGUCCCCAGCUUCCCUUGCGGACUGGAGAAGCAUCAGGUGUUAGAAACAGCAAAUCAGGGCAGAGAGAGUGGGGGAAGCUGUCAGGGUGGCAGUACCUGGACUUUACCUUGCUUGCCUCCCAAACUGGGGUCCUUACUACCGUGCUUCCCAGGAUUUCAUCCCCCACAUCUGCACACCCCCCCUCAGCGCCCCCCACCCAGCUCUGGGGGGUUCACGAGCAUGUGUCUUCAUGCGGGUCCAAAAAGAGCGCUGGGAUUUCUCCUCUUCGCACCUCCUCCUGCAGCUGUGGGUUUGCAUCUCUUUCUUCCUUUCUCUUUCCCUCUUCCCUUGGGAUUGACUCUGAUGUGGAAUGCCUUGGUACCUCCACCAGGAUCUACUGUCUGCACUGUUUUUCUUUGCAUGACUUUAUAUGCAGUAAGUAUGUUGAAAAAAAAAAAGAAAAGAAGAAAAAACACUCAGCAAAACCAACCUACAUGUUUUGGACAAAAAAAAAAAUAGAGGUUGUAUUCUCAGUGUCCGACUCGGAAUUAUGUUGCUGCCUCUCUGUGCUUUUGGCCUCUGUGUGGCCGUGUUUUGCCAGGAUGAGAUACUUUCCCCUCUGGAGGAUUUUAGGGGAGGAAGAGCCACAUCCCCAAAGAUUUGGAGGAGUCUCUGAUUCCCCCAAACCUCUGGGGAAUCCUGGGUGUUGAGUGGAGCCGGACUGGUGGGGAUGUGACCCAGGACUUUCUGAGUUUUCCCCUAUCAUGAGCUGUCUGCUGGGCCCAUUCUCAAGAGUUCCUGCCCGCGGGACAGGUGAGGCAGGCUGGGUGGGGGCCGUAGGCCAGGAGAGAGGCUGCCCAGCCCUCCUGGUCUCCAAACUGGUCGAUCACUGGACUCUAUCCUUGGCAGAGACCCUGCUGCCAAGGCCCGGGCGGGCAUUUGGCCUGCCCCAGGUCCAGAAGGCUUCCCAGUAAGGCCCAAUGAGCCCAGCGCUCCAGCAGCCAAACCGCCUGCCUCCCUUGCUGUCUGCCAGCUCCCACAGCCAUCCCCAAGCCAAAGGUGAGCGGUUGCUGCCAUUACCAAGGCAAAGUCUGGUCCUUCCUUCAGCCUCAGUUUCCCCCUCUGUUAAAGGGGUUAAAUAUUCCCGCCCAGCCUAUGUGGCAGGGCUGAUGCGGGAUCAAACAGGAUGGUGAGGUGAAGCCCAAUACGCCCAUGAGAAUUGACAGUGUGAGUCACUGGCUGGACUCCUGUUCUUUUCUGGGCCUGACCAGUCCCCCCUCCCUCCCCCGCCUGCCCCUCAUCCCCCUCUUUGGUGCCUGUCCUCUACUAAUCAGCAGGGGACUGCGGGGGAAAGAGCCACAGUUUGGGGGUGAUUAGAAUUCCAUUCCCAGCUCUGACCAGACUUGCUGUGUGACCUUGGGAAAGUCUUUUCCCCGCUCUGCCCUCGGUUCCCCACCAGAGGGAGCUGAGCUGGAGGACACCAACGUCCUGCCUUUCAUCUGCUGACGCACCUCCUGUCCACUGUGCCCCUCUCUGGGUGCCAGAGAAGUGGAGGCCGGUCCCUACCCCAGGCCAAGAUGGCCCCACUGCGAAGGCCAAGCCUGUGGGUGCGCAGCCAGCCGGUGUGGACCACAGGGCACCGGUGUGAUCCCAAAGCAGCAGGCAGGGGAGACUGGCAGACAAAGCGCGGCCCAGAGCCCAACCCCACCGGACAGUCAAACGUCCUGCAGAUGCAAAAAAUCCACACCGAAGACAAGUCCUAGGCUCCAGCAUGCAAACACGUUAACGGGAAAGCAUUCUCCCGGGCGUGCGCCCAGCAAGCGCUGAUCCUGACCCCUGGCCUCCUGUCUCCCGUCAAAGGGAGACCCUUUUGGGGAUGUAUUUGCCAGACUCCCUGUGCUGGUUUCUUUGUUACUAUUUGUUUGGGGUUUUGUUUCCGUUCUUCCUUUUUUAAAAUAUGUGGCUGUGAACUUGAAUGACCACUGCUCAAACUUUCUGCUAUUGUGGGGUUGGGGGGAAGAAGGGGUGUCUGUUUUAUUCUUGGUGUUUUCAGUGCAAUAAAUAGCUACAAACUUCUGUGCA